AUGUUGGAGUAUGGAUGGGGAAACCCACCACCGAUUAUCCUUUCCGGUGACGAUAACCGCCCUGUCUUCGACCUUUGCACCAUCUCCGACGCCGCCAACUUCGCUAAUCCGGACAACCACAUUCCCUUCUCCAAUGCCCAUUUCACCAGCUUCUACAACCCGCCCCCGCCCCCGCCCCCGCCCCCGCCUCCGGCCUCCUACAACAGCCGAAUCGGGCUCAACCUCGGCGGCAGGACCUACUUCGCCUCCUCCGAAGACGACUUCAUCAACCGUCUCUACCGCCGCUCCAGGAUCAUCGAGCCCGGUCCAGUCAACUCGCCCCGCUGCCAGGCCCACGGGUGCAACGCCGACUUGACCCACGCCAAGCACUACCACCGCCGCCACAAGGUCUGCGAGUUUCACUCCAAGGCCGCCACCGUCAUCGCCGCCGGCUUGACCCAGCGCUUCUGCCAGCAAUGCAGCAGAUUCCAGCUGCUCUCGGAAUUCGACAACGGCAAGAGAAGCUGCCGCAAAAGGCUUGCCGACCACAACCGCCGCCGCCGCAAAUCCCAUCCAAAAAUCACCUCCGCAUCUGAAAACCUUGCAACUAGGUUGCCGCCUGAUUCCGGCCCACAGUCAUCGUCGGUGACGGUGGCCAUCUCGCCGCCUAGAAUCUCGCUGGAUUGCUUCACGACGAACUUGCUCUUCUACACCAACGCGUAAAAAUUAGGCAGCAGUAUCAUAAUUGCCAUCACAUUCAAACUUAAUUUGCUUUUUUAAUUUUAAUAUCACUAUGAUUAUGGUCACGUACUUUGUUAGCCAAAUAUGAACAAUGUACCUUCAUGUUUCAGGGGAUUCAUUUCCCACUUUG